AUGGCGAUGACUAAGCUUCGUUAUGGCAGUUUAAGCAGCACCCAUUGCAGCAUAUCAUCACGCUUGAUUCCAAAUCCAUAUGAAGCGGAGAAAAUAGCACCAGCGGCAGAGCUAGAGAGAGCUGGAAUAUUUACGGGUGUUACGGUUGCACUUUAUCCCAUUUCUCUUGUCAAGACUAGGCUGCAGGUUGCUUCAAAGGAUGCUGUUGAGAGGAAUGUAUUUUCAGUUAUCAGAGGCAUACUGAGAACAGAUGGGAUUCCUGGUUUAUACAGGGGUUUCGGCACAGUCAUUACUGGAGCAAUUCCUGUCAGGAUUAUAUUUCUUACUGCACUAGAGACUACAAAAGUGUCUGCUUUGGGGAUGAUUGAACCGUUCAAAUUUUCAGAACCUGCAAAGGCAGCCAUUGCAAAUGGAAUUGCUGGCAUGGCAGCAUCCCUUUGUUCUCAGGCUUUGUUUGUUCCGGUUGAUGUGGCUAAUCUCAACAGUGAUGGAUUUAAACAGGUUAGCCAACGGUUGAUGGUGCAAGGGUAUUCAGGGCAUGCGCACUAUAAUGGGGGCUUGGAUGUUGCUCGUAAGAUUCUAAAGUCAGAUGGCAUUCGAGGACUAUAUAGAGGGUUUGGUCUAUCUGUUAUGACUUAUUCUCCAUCUAGUGCUGUAUGGUGGGCAAGCUAUGGAUCUAGCCAACGGUUCAUCUGGAGGCUCUUAGGUCAAGGCACUGAGCAUGAUGAACCUACUCCUAGCCAGUGGACGUUAGUGUCGGUUCAAGCUGCUGGAGGGAUUUUCGCUGGUGCUACUGCAUCCUCCAUCACGACACCAUUGGACACUAUUAAGACUCGCUUACAG